AUGGAGUCCGGCCUCGUCGCAAGCCACCGCCUCCGCCUCCCGCCCCUCCCCUCCGCCACCGCCCAUGCCCACCUCCUCCGCCACCGCCGCCUCGCCCUCGCCGCCACGCCCCUCCGCCUCCCCACCACCACCCCGACCCCUCUCCGCCAGCCCGCCGCGCUCCCGCUCCGCCCCUGCCUAAAGCCUCUCCGCGCCGCCUCCCUCGCCUCCCCGGCCCCCGCGCCCGCGCCGGACGACUCCCGCAAAUUCCUCGGCGUCGACCUGCUCACGCUCAAGAAGAUCGUGCCCCUGGGCCUCAUGUUCUUCUGCAUCCUCUUCAACUACACCAUCCUGCGCGACACCAAGGACGUGCUCGUCGUCACCGCCAAGGGCAGCAGCGCCGAGAUCAUCCCCUUCCUCAAGACCUGGGUCAACCUCCCCAUGGCCAUCGGCUUCAUGCUCCUCUACUCCAAGCUCGCCGACGUGCUCUCCAAGGAGGCGCUCUUCUACACCGUCAUCUUCCCCUUCAUCGCCUUCUUCGGCGUAUUCGGGUACGUGCUAUACCCUAUGCGCGACGCCAUCCACCCCACCGCGCUAGCAGACCGCCUACUCGCCUCGCUCGGCCCCAGCUUCCUCGGACCCGUCGCCAUCCUGCGCGUCUGGAGUUUCUGCCUCUUCUACGUCAUGGCUGAGCUAUGGGGAAGCGUCGUUAUCUCCGUUCUCUUCUGGGGGUUCGCCAAUCAGAUUACUACCGUUGAAGAAGCCAAAGAGUUCUACCCACUGUUCGGGCUUGGGGCCAACGUUGCGCUCAUCUUCUCUGGUCGCACCGUGAAAUACUUCUCAAACAUGAGGCAGAAUCUGGGUCCAGGGGUGGACGGGUGGGCAAUUUCAUUGAGGGGCAUGAUGAGCAUAGUGGUUAUACUGGGUUUGGUCAUUGCCAGCAUCUACUGGGGAGUGAACAAGUUUGUUAUUGAUAAAACAUCUCUGCCAGUUGAACGGAAGAAGAAGAAUAAGCCGAAGCUUAGCAUGGGGGAGAGUCUGAAGGUGUUGGUGUCAUCUCGGUAUGUGAGGGAUCUUGCCACACUGGUCGUUGCUUAUGGUAUAAGCAUUAACCUUGUUGAGGUGACAUGGAAAUCAAAAUUGAAGGCACAGUUCCCAAGCCCUAACGAGUAUUCUUCGUUCAUGGGUGAUUUCUCAACGGCUACUGGCAUAGCUACGUUCACAAUGAUGUUGUUGGGGAGAGUGAUUUUCAGAAAAUUCGGGUGGGGAGUUGCAGCUACAAUCACCCCGGCGGUGUUGCUUGCCACCGGAGUUGGAUUCUUCUCACUGCUUUUGUUUGGUGAGCCACUGACUCCCCUUCUCGCCAAGUUCGGAAUGACGCCUUUGCUUGCUGCGGUCUUCGUUGGGGCACUGCAGAACAUUUUCAGUAAGAGUGCAAAGUACAGUUUGUUUGAUCCUUGCAAAGAGAUGGCGUACAUUCCUUUGGACGAGGACAUGAAGGUCAAAGGUAAGGCAGCAAUUGAUGUGGUAUGCAACCCACUGGGGAAAUCUGGAGGUGCCUUGAUCCAACAGUUCAUGAUCCUGUCAUUUGGAUCACUUGCGAAUUCAACGCCAUACCUUGGAGGAAUAUUGCUCGUGAUUGUUCUUGCGUGGUUGGGCGCUGUGAGGUCCCUUGACUCGCAGUUCUCUUCCCUGGCAAAGGAAGAUCUCGAGAGGGAACAAACGCUGAAAGCAGAGACAAUUGAAACAACAGCUCAAGUUGUUGGGACAGGAAAUGGUUCCCUUAACGGAAAUGGUGCUACUCCCACAAACGGUGCAGUCAUCAAACCGUCGCAAGAACCCGAGAGUACUGCCUCUGAAAAAUCUGGCCAGCAGUCUCAAUAAGUUCCCCUCCAAGAAAUUUUGUUAGUACAGGUCUUUUAAAGGAACCAAAUGUUGCUUGCUUAGGCCUGCCAUGGGGAGCUGCUAGGAAGGCAGCAAAGUGAUAAGAAAAAUAAGAUGGCAUGUUCUUCUGUUGUUGUAGCAUAUUUGACUUCACCAUGGGAGUAUCUCUAGCUGUUUGCUCAGAGUAUAUGUAGCUGUUUGGUCUGUACCGUUCGGUAGAUAUGGGACCAUUUCUCUUGAUUAUAUUACAAUUUUGCAGAAAAUCUUCUUCCAUAAAUAUAUUAUACCUAGCCCCAUGUCAUUUUUUAA